GCCAGAUGUUUUUCCGCACCUGCCCUUUGGCGGCAGAGAGGUGGAGCUCCCUCGGAGUCCACCUGCCCGCAUUGCUGCAGCCUUGCCAAGAAGUUCUGUAAUUGCAGCAUCUGGAAAACGCACAUCAUGUUCCGCUCCCCCGCCUCGCUAGCAGGCGAAUGGUCCCAGCAAAUUGCAUGCAGGCAGUGCUGUGAAUCAUGCGUGAUCUCGGCCAAAUAACCCAUAGGACCAAACAAACGCCAGCUUCAGGCUAAACUCAGAAGCAUCGCGUGUGCGGGGAUCACUACACGCCAUUAUUCCAUUCUAGACGUAUUGACAAGAUGUCAUCCUCACCCGACACCUCACAGUCCCUGUCGCUCUACCGAGCAGCAAUCAGCAGCCCGGCGACCGAUAGCCGGACAAAAGCAGCGUGUUUGGCAAAGAUCUGCUCGGUGCUCGACAACGACCCGGCAAUUCGUUCGUUCGACACGACCAGGCCCAAAAAUAAACGCACCGUCACGUCUUUGCAGCUCUGGAGGCUGCUAGUUGAUCGCGCGACCGCCUACAAGGACACUGCAGAAUCUUGGCGGCAGCUUGGCGAUGCACAGAGUGCUAUUUUUAACGCCGAGCGCUCAGUCGUUUUGUUUGAGAGCAUGCUGGAGGCGAAUGCUGGCGAGGGCAUUGGGAGGGCGGAGCGGGUGGGUGCCAUUGACACGCUGCUUCUGGCCCUUGGUGAUUGGAUUGUCCUCGAGCAGUCGGCAGGUAGGAGAAACAAAGCCGAAAAGCUGCUGCCGCAAAGGGUCGAGAAAUGGAUGAAGCAGCGCGACGCAAUUUAAAGACAUAGUCGAGCUUGGGCGUUGUAUUUUUUUUUUUUUGCAAACGCCAGAUGUUCAUGACCAAUCUAUGAAGUCUAUUGCUUUGCAGCGUCAUCAUAUAUGAUGCGGCAGGGCGGCACCCACUCGUCAAACUUUUUGUUCCAGCCCUUGAAGUGCAUGUAAUAGUACAGUCCGAACCUCGCCUCGUUGCAGACAAAAUCGACAUCAGUGAUCUGCGCCUGGUACACA